AUGGGCUAUAUGGGGAUCAACAUCAAAUCAGCCGACGCGACGAUUGAUACCACACCUGCCAAGAAACAGCUUCACGAGGAAGGCUGGUGUGCCAUUCCCGACCUCCUGACCCAAGAUGAAUGCGCACAGGUGCUGUCACGGCUCUGGGCAGCCAAAGAGGCGAGCGAGAGACAGGGCGAUCCAACACGGCUUGCGCACCUGGAUCCUAACCCGAGCAACGUCCGCGUAUUCUACUUGAUGCAGCUGGACAGGAUCUUUCUCGAGCUGAUCCAGCACCCGACGGCGAUUGAGAUGGUCAAGUCAGUACUGGGCAACGACUUCCUCAUCUCCAACUUCACUGCCAACAUUGCCCGCCCGGGUUCCAAAUCCAUGGGCCUUCACUCGGACAUGUCGCUGGUGGUACCGGGCCCGUGGACGAAAGUCUGGGCUUUGAAUGUCAUCUGGUGCCUCACGGACGUGUAUUUUGAGAACGGUGCCACACUUUACAUCCCCGGGAGCAACAAGUGGGAGCACCAAAGUCAAGUUCCGCGCAAUGCGAAGCAGCUGCUUAAGCCGUUCGAGGCCAAGGCCGGCUCGAUCAUCGUCAUGGAUGGCAAGGUGUGGCAUACCAGUGGGGAGAAUAUCUCGCAGGAGGAUCGCGCCUUGCUGUUUGGAUACUACACCGCGCCCUUUUUGCGACAGCAGGUCAAUUGGACCGCGAAACUACCGGAGGCUACAAAGCAGGAGUUGAGCCCGAAAAUGAAGGAAUGGUUGGGUUUGGGAGUCACGGCGAAUACUGGUCAGGUCGUCAACCUGAAGUACUUGGAUGACCAGUAUCCCGAAUAG